CACAGUCGCGCGCAGUCGCAGUCAGAGAAGAGACCGUUAGUACGAUCGAGAGAGCUGACGGAGGAUAAAGAUAUGAAAAAAUUUGGUAAUAGCUGGUCCAAUGGGGACAAACAUUUUGGAAAGUCUGGCAGUCCCUGUGAAGAUCCACAAAUCAGCAACGGAUUCCAAAAGACCCAGAAGAGUGAGGAGGUGCAGACACCUCCAGUGCCAGUGCCGGUGCCGGUGCCGGUGCCGGAGCAGACCAUUUCAAGCUCCCCGAUGGCCAUGGCAGUGGAUUUUAAAACCUAUGUGGAUCAGGCAUGUAGAGCUGCUGAAGAAUUUGUCAAUAUUUACUAUGAGACAAUGGACAAAAGACGACAUGCACUUGUCAGGCUGUAUUUGGACAAGGCCACUCUAAUCUGGAAUGGAAAUGUUGUUACAGGGCUCGAAGCCCUUGCUAAUUUUUUUGAGAUGUUGCCUUCCAGUGAAUUCCAGAUCAAUAUGUUAGAUUGCCAACCAGUUCAUGAGCAAGCUACCCAGUGCCAGACCACAGUGCUUGUUGUGACCAGUGGAGUCGUGAAGUUUGAUGGAAACAAGCAACAUUUCUUUAACCAGAACUUCCUGCUAACUGCGCAGAGCACUCCCAACAGCACUGUGUGGAAGAUUGCAAGUGAUUGCUUCCGUUUUCAAGAUUGGGCUAGUAUUUAAAGGAGCAAGAGCCCGUUCUAUGGGUCCAUUAGUUCCAGCAAGAGAAGUUUAAUGUGAAUUAAUAUAUUUGGUUGCAAAUGUACUAUAAACUUAAGUGUAUGUGCUAAAACUAAAUGUAUGUAAUAUUUUUUUAUUCCUAGCAGCACCUUUGCUAGAUCAGCUGCCAGGUUGGAUUAUUGCCCUUAAGAGCUUUAAAGAUAGUUUUUUUACAUGCCUUAUGCGUACAUUCCACUACUAAGACUCUCAAGGUAAUAUUAAACAUGAUGUCGGCACUAAGAUACUCACUGUGAACCUGAUCUAUUGCACAAAUGAAGUCCUUUUGUAAUACUGUCUAUGGGAUAGCACAAGAUAGUUCUGUAGAAGGAAGUAGUGGUUUUUCAGUUAUUAGGGUAAUUUUUCAAUGAAGCACAUGCCUGUUUACGAUUAACACUAGUACAAAAGUUUUAAUAUAUAAGUAUAGAUGUUUGAAGCCGGUUCAACUUAGUUUUCCGCUAGUGUUCUACAUAAUUGAAUUGCAUAUAAGUGUAUAAUAGUCCUUGUUGUUUUCUUGCAUUUUGAUAUGUUUCCUUUUGAAAUGAAGUAUUCAACUAAGAUGGGUGAAAAAAUGUUCUUGGCUGAUCCUUGCAUAUUGGGGGCAUUUAGUGGCAGUAACAACUCUGAACUGUUUUCACAGCAGCUUCAGAUCAAUGUAUUUAUGUGAUGAAUGGGAGUGAAAAUAAAAGCUCUAAUGGGAGAUCAAGAAAUGAGAAAUAUAAAAUCUAAGACUGAAGCCCAACCCAAGAGGGCAGACUGGAAUAUACUUGUUCCUUCCCUCCUGGAAGCAGAGCCCAGUUUAGGUAUUUGCAUCCCAAAGAGUCUCUAAGAAUUCUUGCCAAAUGGUCCUAAAAACUGGAUUUUAAGAUGGUUUUACUUUUCCUUCAUGCUUGUCUCCAGUACCCAUCCCAGUUUAUUUAUGAACUUAAAGGAUUAAGAUAUCAGCAGUAAAUUUAACUUUGUCUCAGAAUCUGAAAGUUAGAAAGCUACUUACUGCUCAGUCUCUAUACAUGCUGAACUCCAAAUUCUUCCAUAUCAACUUCAAGCCCAAAGCCCCCAAAGUAUUACCCACCAUGCACAUGAAUAAUUUUCUUCUCUGGUUUUUACACUGUAAACUGUAUUACCUACUUUAUAAAAUUAAGGCUUUGAUGUAUGAUUUAUUUCUGAAUGGCACUGGAUAAAAAUAUUAAAACAUUUCUGCCUGUGGUUAAAAAAACAGAAAUCAAAGAAAAGAUCUUCAUGAUAAACUUCAAAGGAACAAACUCAUUAACUUUAUAUCUUAGCUUUUAAAGACAAAAAAAAUAACCUUUUUAGUUUUUAAACUUUAAAGUUCUUUGCAAUUUUUAAAUAUUUUAAGCUCAACAUGCUAGCUUUGUUCUGUAGUACCAUCAAAAUUAAAAUUUUUUCACUCAGUUUUAAAACUAGUAAUUUACUUUGGCUCAGAAAUGUACUAUAUUUGUAAUUAUUGUAUUAUUUAAAUGAAAUAGAAGGGGAUCGAACUGAUAUUUAAAACCGUGGCUUAUUUCAGUUCUUAUCAAAACAUACACAUUCUAGUCUAUUCAGAGUGAGCUUGCUCUUAAUUUGAAUUUUUUCCGUUAACUACAUCUUUAGCAAAAUAAUUAAAAUGCCCAGUCACUGCCCUUUCUAUUGGUGGAGAACAAUCUCAAAAGCUGUGUAUAAUUAGCAAUAACAGAACUGAACCAUUGUGAAUUAUGUUAUUCAUCUGCUGUAUAACUCCAUAUGACUUUAAAUGGCUGGAACUGCUCAUAUGUGGACUAAACUAUUUUUGACAUGUUCAUAUUUUUAUAACUUAAAAAAUAAAAUAAAAGUUGCAUUUUCACAA